ACUGACGGAAGAGAAGCACAGUGCAGUCUGAAUAGUGAAUACUUUAACUUCAACCUGCUGCUGAGAAUCAGGGAAAGUAACAAAGGGAACAUUUUACAGCGAGGAGAGGAAACAUAACUGACUGACUUUUUGUUUAGCGUUCUGCCUGCUGUCUUUGCAUCUUCACUCAGGGAGAAAAUGGCCUCCCAUUUGGAGAAUGAUCUCUCCUGUUCUGUCUGCAGUGACAUCUGUAAAGAUCCUGUUGUUCUGUCAUGCAGCCACAGUAUCUGUGAGGAUUGUCUGAAGAGCUGGUGGACAGAGAAACCAACACAGGAGUGUCCAGUUUGCAAGGAAAGGCCUUUACUGAGUGUUUCGCCAUGUGACUUGACCUCAAAGAACCUGUGUGAGGCCAUCUUACUGGAGAGAGAUCAGAGAGCUUUAGAGUUUCUCUGCAGUCUGCACUCUGAGAAACUCAAACUCUUCUGUCUGGACCAUCAGCAGCCAGUGUGUCUUGUCUGCAGAGAUUCGAAAACACACAACAACCACAGAUUCAGACCCAUCGAUGAAGCUGCACAGGAUCACAAAGCAGAGCUGCAGAAAUCCCUGAAGACCUUACAGGAGAAACUGAAGCUGUUUGAACAAGUUAAAGAUGACUUUAAUCAAACAGCAGAGCACAUUAAGGUCCAGGCCCGACACACAGAGAGACUGAUUAAGGAGCAGUUUAAGAAACUUCACCAGUUUCUACAAGAGGAAGAGGAGGCCAGGAUCUGUGCUCUGAGGGAGGAAGAGGAGCAGAAGAGUCAGAUGAUGAAGGAGAAGACUGAGGCUCUGAGCAGAGAGAUAGCAGCUCUUUCAGACACAGUCAGAGCCACAGAGGAGGAGCUGAGAGCUGAAGACGUCUCAUUCCUGCAGAACUACAAGGCUGCAGUGGAAAGAGUCCAGCAGCGCCCCCUGCUGGAUGAUCCACAGCUGGUCUCAGGAGCUCUGAUAGAUGAGGCCAAACAUCUGGGCAACCUGACCUUCAACAUCUGGAAGAAGAUGAAGGACAUGGUCUCCUACGCUCCUGUGAUUCUGGAUCCAAACACUGCUCAUCCAGAACUCAUCCUGUCUGAAGAUCUGACCAGUGUGAGACACGGAGAAAGACAGAAGCUUCCUGAAAACCCAGAGAGGUAUGACUGUUACUGUAUUGUACUGGGCUCUGAGGGCUUUAACUCAGGGACUCACAGCUGGGAUGUUGAGGUUGGAGACAAUACGGCCUGGUUUGUUGGUGUGGCAGCAGAAUCUGUCCAAAGGAAGGGAGGCGUAAAGUCUGGAUUGUGGCGAAUAGGGUCAUAUGGUGGUAAAUAUACAGCAGUUUCCCCAUCACAUCCCGCUGUUCUCUCAGUUAAGAAGAAGCCCCAGAGGAUCAGAGUCCAUGUGGACUGGGAUAAAGGGCAACUGUUAUUCUCAGAUGCUGAUACUAAGACACACAUUCACACCUUCACACACACUUUCACUGAGAGGGUGUUUCCAUAUAUCAGUAAUGGGAAUAAACACCAACUAAAAAUAUUACCAUGGAAGGUCUCUGUAAAACAGCUUAGUCAGGGAUGAAGAUGUGGUACGAACAGCGAUCAUUUCUUACAUGAGAAUACCGAACAAUUAUAGGUUAUUUGAAGGUAUGUCAUUUCCCUUAAAUGCAUUAUAUUCGCUGUGUAUUAACAUUAUGGUACUAUCCUUUGUGUAUCAUACUGAAGUCGUGUUGCUGUCACCUGAUGACUGUAAGUCCAACUAGUUUGUUUUUUGUUUUGUUUUUUUAUAAAGGGUCACAACCCCAAAAGGUUCGGAACUAUUUAAGUACAAGUGCCUCAAACGUGUACUUUAGCACAGUACUUAUUACAGUAAUAAUUGUAGCUGCUUAUUAUUUUGUACCACUGUAGGUAAUAUAUAACAUAAAAAAUAUAAAAUCAGGAGACACUUCUGAGUGCAUCCUAAAACUGCUACUUAGAUAAAAACUUAUAAAAGGGUGGCAGUAGCUCAGUCCAUAGGGAUUUAGGUUGGGAACCAGAGGAUCACCAGUUCAAAUCUCUGUCUGCACCAAUCAUGGGGCAUGGACUGGUAGCUGGAGGUUUGCCUCCUGGGCACUGCUAAGAUGUCCCUGAGCAAAGCAUCAAACCCCCAACUGCUCAGUUCUUAAGCUGAACAGACUGUACAGUGUGUCAGUCUGCUGUUAUUGCAUCAUACAACCACAGGAGGGAGCUCCAAACUCAUUUACUCAAAUAGGCUUGAAAGCCUGCAGUGUGGAGUCAUUGAGAUGUUGCAACAUCACACUGUGAUGUGCCUGCAUGUCGUUAUUGAUUUGACUUUAUGUAGCAUUUGUUUUUCAGUUAGUUUAUACCUUUAUCCCCCCCCCUCAUGUUUAUUUUAAUUAAUUUUGUAAGUUGAUGUGAAAGGUUUUCAUCCAAAAUUGAAACCAAACAAAACUCUCUCCUUCUUGAGCUCUAAUACUGCUAAUAUCUGUUAUCUGAUACUUUUAAAAAAAAAAGAAUGAUCUUUUAACGCUUUGUUGUUGCUACUUUUCUAAAGUAUUGGAUUUAAGUUUGUGAUUUGGCACCCGUGUUACAGAUUACAAAUACCUUGGCAUCUGGCUAGAUGACGAGCUUUUAUUUGAAACACAUGUGGUUGAGCUCACAAAGAAAGUGACAAUUAAACUGGGUGCAUUGAACAGAUUUACGUCAUUAAUCUCUUUAGAAAAUAGAAGGACAAUCAUUCAAUCAACUGUAAUGUGACAGGAUUUUCUACAUAUUACUGUUGUUGUUGUUGUUGUUGUUGUUGUUAUUAUGUAUCCGUCUUUUAUGGCAGACUCCAUUCUUAAUUAUUUAACAUUUUCAUCUUUUUACUGUUUUUUUUUUAAAUUUGCUGUAAUUCCUGAUAGACACUGCUAUUUUCACUGCUUUUCAUAACUUAAUUGCAAUUAUAUAUUUGUAUCCUUCUAGCCCAUUGAAUGUGAACUCAGGGCAUUGCUGUAAAUGAGCUUAAUGCUUAGUCGAUUUUCCCUCAAUAAACAACUGUUGAUGACGAUGAUG